CGAGCAUGUCCUUCUCUUCGCCCAGAAACUCCCUAAAACCCUCGAAAACCAAUGUCCUCUUCAAAUUUUUGAUCCUUUGCUAUUGGAUAGAGAGAGCGAACUCAUUUCGGAGUCCAAAAACACAAGCCAAUGGCGUUGACAAACCUCAUCCUUACGGUGGCAGGGGUUAGCGCCGUGGUUCUCCUGCUGAGGAGCGACGUCAAGCAGUCGGCCGCUGUCUUCAGGCGCAACGUCAAGCACAUCCGCCACUGGCUUGAAGAAGAAUCUGCCUCUGCUUCCAAGGCAGCAGAGAAGGCAACUCCCAAGGAACUGGAAUCAAAGGUUCCUCCAAAAGACAUUCCCAAGGAGGACAAGCACUGAUGUGUCUAUAGAGGGAGCUUUGUGGCGUACUACAAGAGUUACCUAGUUUUAUGUUUUCUUUUUCCCUUUUUUUUUUUAAUUGAUUAUUUUAUUAGAACUUUUUUUAAUUGAUUAUUUUAUUAGAACAAGUCUUGAUGAUGCCUGGGAUUAUUUGCACCCAAAUUUUCUUAAUUUUGUCUUUGUUUGCCUUUUGGCAUCUUACUUAUUAAUGUGCAUUUACAAAGAA